GUUCGGUUAACGGAAACGGAAACGGUGAGCUCCUUUCGGCACCAUCCACGUGUGUGAGACCAGCAGCGAGAGGGAGCCAUGAAGCGACCGAAGUUAAAGAAGGCGAGCAAGCGCGUAUCCUGCGCGAAACGCUAUAAAAUUCAGAAAAAGGUCAGAGAACACCACAGAAAAUUACGGAAGGAGGCGAAGAAAAGUGGAAUAAAACAAAGGACCAAAAAAGACAUCGGUGUACCAAACAGUGCUCCUUUUAAAGAGGAGGUCCUAAAAGAAGCCGAGCAGAAAAAACAAGAGCUUGAAGAGCUGAAGGAAAAGAACAGGCUAGCCAAGCAGAAGGAGCGAGCUGAGAAGAGAAAGAAAGAAAAAGAAACAGCCAGUGCAGAAGAGGAGCCCAAAACAAAGAAAGCUAAAAAGGAGAAAAAAGCACAGGCUCAGAGGGAAGUGAGGGCAGCUGUUGCCAAGGAGAAGAGCACCAAGGCGUUCAGAUGCAGUGAGCUGAAAAAGGUUAUUGAAGCAUCUGAUGUUGUAUUGGAAGUUUUGGAUGCGAGGGAUCCUAUGGGUUGCCGCUGUCCUCAACUGGAGGAGGCCGUGUUGAAACAUGAAGGGAAAAAAAGACUGUUGUUUGUACUAACAAAGAUAGAUCUUGUACCCAGAGACAAUCUGGAGAAGUGGCUUGGAUAUCUUCAAGCAGAAUGUCCAACGUUCGUAUUUAAAUCAUCCACACACCUACAGGAUAGAACUGUGCUGGAGAAGAAACAGGCUGCUGUUAGUGGAAAAGUCGACCUCAGCAGAGCAGGAGCUUCCUAUGGCUGUAAUUCUCUGAUGCAGACACUUACUGACUUGGCCAGCAAGCGAGAUGGAGAGAGUAUGCUCAAAGUUGCUGUUGUUGGUUUUCCUAGUGUGGGAAAGAGCAGUAUCAUUAACACCCUGAAGGGCAGCAGGGUCUGUAUUGCUGGAGUACCGCGAGGACUGACCAAAUGUAUGCAGGAAGUGCAUCUCUCCAAGAAGGUGAAGAUGAUUGACAGUCCAGCAAUAGUGGCAGCUCAGUGUAACUCUGGUGUCAAGCUGGCUUUGAGGAGCCUACAAGUGGAAGAAAAUGAGAAGAGUCCUCUAGAAGCAGUUAAGACUCUGCUGAAAGAGUGCAACCAGCGGCAGGUCAUGUUGGAGUACAAUGUCCCAAAUUACAGAAAUUCUCUGGAGUUUUUGACUUGCUAUGCCAAAAAGCGAGGUUUCCUGCAGAAAGGUGCUCUGCCAAACACGGAGCAGGCUGCCACUGCGUUUCUCAAUGACUGGACAGGGGCUAAACUGAACUACUAUAGCAAAGUACCAGAGAGGCAGGGCCUCCCCCAGUACCUCACUGAAGCCAUGGUUACAGAGCUGCGGACGGGUGUGGACUUGGGCAAAAUGAAGAUGGCCAAUGAGCAUAUCAUCACACGUAUUAGACCCCCAAAUGCGGCCAGCAGCAUUCUGUUUAACUCGAAGGGCAUGACUGAUGGACUUCUGAGCUUCACUGAGGUUCCAGCUGAAACACCUGCUUCAGUAGAUGAGGAACAGCAAGAGGAGGACAUCACUGAGCAAACAGAGGACGCAGAGCAGAUUGAGGACACUGAGGAGGCUGAGACUCCUGAUUCACAUAUGGCACAGCCUCAGAAAUCUCAACAGAAAAGCUCACGUAAGAGAACGAAAGGAAAGGCAAAGCCUGCGUUUGUCAACAUUGAUGUGUUGGCUUCACAGCAGAACAAGGAUGAUGCAUAUGAUUUCAACACAGACUUUGUAUAAAAUCUCAUGUCUACUGAGAGAACAGAUUUCAUGUGUGCGCGAGUCAGUCAGUAUUUCAGUCAUUUAUGUGGAUACAGUAUGUUUGUGUCUGUUUCAUCAUUUGACUGGAAUAGAUCUUGGUAAAAACAUUUUUCUGUCAGUCUGAUAUGACGUUGUAUAUAUGAUACAGAUGAUUAAACUUGCAGCCUUCUGUGUUGUAUAGAAUGUUUCUGAUUGGUGCCUCUUUUUAUGGGUCUAAAGAACCAUGAAGUGUUAAGGAACCGCCAGUGUUGCAAUAAAUGACAACUAAAAAUCGAA